UCUUUUGGCUCGGUCUUUUGCAUCUCCACUGACUGAUACUGCCCAUACCCCCAGCCAUGGUAUCACAGACAUAUACUUCGAAUUACAACUUUUCUCCAGACUGUUCGCAUUGUUGAAUUUGCCGUGUCUCGCUGUUUUUUUUCUUGGCCGAGUUCUCUGAGCUCGAUCCAUCAAGUAUGCCCGGCAAUUCACCCCCAAUCACACUCUCAACCCCCAGCUUCUUCUUUAAUAGUCCGCUGGAUGUAAGUCAGGAGAUCCUUACAGAACCGACAGACCUGCAGGACACUUCCUUUGAUCUGCCGGCCGAGACAGCAACUGCCGGUGGUGGAACCGUGUCUUCGGCCGCUAAGACGGAGAAGAAGCGGCGCCGGCCGGCCCUCUCGUGUGAGCAAUGCCGGCGCCGCAAGAUUCGAUGUGAUCGUAGUCUACCUUGUGUGAACUGCGUCAAAUCUAAGAUAUCACCUUGCACUUAUGCCCCAACUCACAUACCGGCUUCACGUGCCAAGAAAGGCACAGGUCAUGCUGGUGCUUCAGACUCAAACUCCCAGGUGCCGGCCAGGUCGGCCCCAGCCAUUGGGUCUACCCAGAGACAGUCUCCAUCAAAUUCAUCUGCAAGACGAACGUCUUCUAGCAUUCCAAGCUCAACAGUAGGAUCCAACUCCGAUGCCUCCACGGUUGAUGCCCUGGCUGCGAGAGUCAAGGAGCUGGAGCAGAAGCUAGCCGAGUCUUGCUACAUCACGCAACCAGCAGAAGACAAGUUUAUACAGCCUGACGACCAGGAAGCGGACUCGGCUCCUAUGAAGGGGACUGUAUCUAAGACGAGGUUCUUCGGUCAAAGCCACUGGAUGAACGGCAUUCAUAUGUUUCCCGGUGUUUUUGAUAUGCUCAAAGAGGCAGAGUCUCGCAAGAAUCAACACCACGGUGGUUUUGUCAAAUGCAAAGCUCUGGGCCGCACUAUCAAAGCAAAUCGUUCCAAACCUGUGUCGACUGACAAGUUGGGCGAAAAUAUUCCUGAGCGUGGCCUUGCUGAUCAGCUUGUUAAUGCCUAUUUUGACACCUUCGAGGGCGUGGUUCGGAUUCUUCAUCGUCCAACCUUCAUGUCAGAGUAUGAGCGCUACUGGCAGAAUCCUGAAGCCUCCAGUCAGGUUUUUCUUAUGCAGCUUCAGUUGUGCAUGGCCAUCGGAGCAACUCUACACGAUGAUGUCUUCAGCUUGCGUGCGACUUCUAUGCACUGGGUCCAUGAGGCUCAAAUCUGGCUUAUGAUACCACCUGAGAAGAGCAGAAUGACUAUCGCUGGUAUUCAGAUCAUGUGUAUGCUGGUCAUCGCCAAAGCAUGUUGUGCGGUUGGCCAGGACCUUACUUGGGUUUCGGCAGGGAGUCUGGUCAGACAGGCUAUGUACAUGGGAUUGCAUCGGGACCCAAGGCAUCUUGGUAACAUGUCCGUUUACCGUUCCGAGAUCCGUCGCCGCCUCUGGGCUACCAUCCUCGAACUCAAUCUACAAUGCUCCUACGAUGCUGGAGGCCCCCCUCUUCUCUCCUCGAAACACUACGAUACACGGCCCCCAGCAAAUUUGAAUGAUGAUCAACUCACAGACGAGCCAGACUCAGAUAGAAAACCAACUGGCGAUCCCGAGACUCUGACUGAUAUGUCAGUCCAGCUCGCUCUUCAAAAGUCCUUUGCUCUUCGCCUCAUCAUUAUCAAGCAUGUCAACGAAUUUAGAUCCAAGGAGUCAUACGCCGAGACACUCCGGCUGAACUCCGAACUCACAAAGGCAUGCCGGACAUUAACAGAGACACUUGCUGCUCUAUCGGAAGCCCAGAGGCACCAGCCACGAACUAUCUUUACCCACUUCCACAGUUCUCUUGUUCAAAUGUUCACGUACCGCUGCUUCCUCUCUCUUCAUCAACCGAUGGUCGCCCGCUCCGCCCUGGAUCCGACCUACUACUACUCUCGCAAAGUAUCCCUCGAUUCGUCUCUGAAGCUCGCGCAGAUCACUGGCCUAUCGACACCUCGCUACGGUACUUCUUCCCCUGGAGGCUCCCUGGACCCUGCAGUCAGUUUUAACCGCCUUAUCACAAACGGAGCAGGUGUGUUUCGUGUGAUUCCAACUCAAACGCUUUUCUCCGUUGCACUCGAGUUUAUCAAGAAGUCAGAGGAGCAGAAUGAUAGCCUCGGCGGCGGCCCUGUCAUGAACCUUUUUGAACUUCGCGCUGUUCUCCAAAGUGCGCAGACUUGGCUCGAGAGACGGAUACGUGCUGGAGAGACAGGCGUAAAAGGAUAUUGCUUCGUUGUUGCGUCCCUCGCCCUCGCCGAGGCCCUUGAAAUGGGACUAUCGCAGGAAGACGUUGAUCAAGUAGUCGUUGAUACAGGAGCAAGUAUGAGUAUAAAAGCCUACGACUUGCUGAAAGAAGUUGCCGAGAGGGAAGGUUUAUCGCUUGGUGAGCCUGAAGACGAAGAGGCUAUACACAUCGAUGUGCCAGCGAUUGAUAGCGAUGCCAUGCAGGGCAUUAUGGAGAUGCCCUUUGACUGGAUGGUAAUGGGUGGUGACCUUGGUCUAGAUGGAAUGGGAGCGUUCAACUGGGCUCGAGGUGGCAUGGGUAUGCCUCAGCAGUUUGACUCCGUCGAUCCAUCAGUUGUAUCACAAUUUUGAGACUGGCGUUGAGGGAUCUGUAAUGACUUGACGAUGAAGGAAAAUCUCACCUUAUGUAUUAAUGUACCUGGGCACUUGACAUGGCAGCCUCUCCUCUACUAUAUUUACUUGCCUUCUGACCAUCAAACAUGCCUCAAAGCCUCGCCAAUUUCCAUGCGGAUCCUAGUAGGCUACUACAACAUCUUGCCUGCUGGAACUUGGUCAAGAUGACCCAUGUUAGCAAUUGCUUCGCACAGACCAAGCUAUUGAUCGCUUGAGGAGAGAAUCGUAUAUUUAAGUUUUGUCGUGAUAUAUGCAGUGUAGACACAGUUUAAGUAGUCAUAUCUGGCGGUCGUAAAGCAGUCAACAGGAGGAAACAUAUAAUGAGGGCAUAUGCAAUAGAUUCUUUGUCCAAAACACCCCCCAAGUUCGAAAAGAUAUAACAUUAUUAAUCAAUGGUCAUUGUACACGGGCUUUUCCAGCCUCGUAAAUCUUCCACGAAUGCUGCGGCGUGAUCAGGCGAAGAAGCUCUGUGGGUGUCCUCAUAGAUGCUCAUCAUCGUCGUGAUUCACCGAUCCUUACCCAGGAAUGCUCUCAUGGGUGUCCCCACGAUAUCCCAAGUAAACUCCUUACCGCAUCUCCGUCCCUCAGAGGUCAUCUCCUCCUGUUCUAUAAAAAAGUCAUUCCUCGCUCGACCAGCCCUUUCGUCUUUCCCAGCAUAAUUCGGUUUUCAGGGGCCACUUGACGUCCUACCCCUGAUUUACAGAAGAAGCUCAAGAGGGUUCUCAAGAACCUGCUUGAGCUCCUUGAGCCACUCAGCACCGACAGCACCGUCAACGACCUUGUGGUCGAAGCUAGCAGUAAGGGUGAUUUGGUCGUCGAACUCAACGCCGGCCUCGUUCUCGGCGGGGAUGGCAACCUUCUUGGUGGUACCAACAGCGAGGAUGG